ACUCCCAGAGACACCCAGGCAUAAGACAGAAAGCAACUGUGGAGGAGAGAGAAGCAACUGUGGAGGAGGGAGAAGGUUCCAUCAAAUAUUCAUCAUGGACUCCAUGGCAGCAGCAACUACAGCUGAUCAAGCUUUCGAGGACUACAGCAUCUACAGCUUAUCUGAUGGUGAACUGAUUCAGCUGGCCAUUGAACGCAACCUGAGUGAUAUCUUCAGCCCUUCCUCAGAGCACUCACAGAGGUCAUCUUAUUCACUAGCUGCAGCAAGCCAACCUAUGCCCUUUGAGCAUGAAGCCAUGCCAACAUUUCAGAGACAAACAGCUUUACACACUCAGAACAUCCCUCCUGCUGCCAAUCCACAUCAAACCGCCAAUCACCCCAGCCAAAACCGGACGGAGAGUUCAUAUAACUGUGCUGGAGACGGAGUGAGGGUGUGUUCUUGGACGAAAAGCAAAAAUGGAGGUUUGCAAGUUAGACUGAAACCAAUGGAGGACAUGUCUGCUGUAAAAUCAGCCAUCUGGAGGAAUGAUGCACCAAAACUCCUUGAAGUAUUGCAGGAACAGCCUUCUGACGCUCUGAGUACACCAAACAAAAACGGCUGGAUACAUUUGCAUGAAGCUGCAUACUAUGGUUAUGAGGAAUGUUUGAGAGUGCUAAUAAAAGCCUUUCCUAAACUAAUCAACAAACGUACCAACAAGCGCCAGACACCUCUAGUGUUGGCUGCUGCCAGCAAAAACCCGUUGUGUGUCCAGUGUCUUCUUGAGGCAGGAGCAGAUCCCAAUACAGCCGACAAUGUAGGAGAAUCACCUCUCUACACAGCUUGUGAAAAUGCAAAUGAGGAAAUAGUGGAGCUUCUUCUGAGGUUUGGAGCCAAGGUCUCACAUGCCAACGCAGAAGGAAUGACACCAUUACAUGAAGCGGUGCGACACAAUAGUCUUCGCAUGGGAAAGCUUCUAGUGACAGCUGGAGCAAACAUAAGAGCCAGGAACAUUUACGGCAUUGAACCACUAUUCAUGGCUGCCCAGGGAGGAUGCACAGAAGUACUGAACCUUCUCAUUGAACAUGGAGCCUAUACUGACUGUCAAGCUAGGGAUGGAGCAACACCUUUAUUUGAAGCUUCCAAGAAUGGCCAAGAAGAGGUGGUGAGGCUGCUUCUGUCUAAAAGAGCAAAUGUGAACAAAACAACCAAAGCAGGACUAACUCCUCUACACAUUGCUUCAAAGAAUGGACAUGCUAGAAUCGUGUCCUUACUGAUUCCACAUACGGACAAAGUGAUCAGGCUAGAAAGUGCCAUUAGUCCACUCCACCUUGCAGCAGAACAUGACCGAGAGGAUAUCUUGGAGAUUCUCAUCGAUGCGGGCUUUGAUGUCAACUCUGUGCUGAAGAAUGACCACUCCCAGAUUUAUGACGACUGGUGCUGCUCAGCCCUCCACUUCACUAUACGCAACAGCAACAUAGACACAGCCUCCAUGCUGCUGGAGGCAGGCGCUGACCCCAAUCUGGAUGCUUUCAACCCUCUUCUGGUAGCCGUGAGACAGGGAAAUAAAGAGAUGGUGUCUUUGCUGGUGGAGUACGGUGCCAAUGUGAAUGCCUGCGUGCCAACACUCCCCACUACCUUUCCUGGAGCUCUGCUCUUUUGUAUGAAGCACACACUGAUGUUCAAGUUCCUGCUGGACAAUGGAUGUGAUGCCAACGCCUGUUUCUCAUGUGUUUAUGGAGGCAGCCCACAUCCUCCAAUCAAGAGCCGGCUUACUACUAGGAAUGAGCUGGACCUUGAUGAAAUUCCUCAGAGCGAAGUUGCACAGUUCUGUGAGAUUAUAGCAGAUCCCCUUUACACCUAUUGUGCAGGACCUAUACUUGACCGUCUCCUUGAUUACACUGGUCCUGUGAAACUGUGUUCUAGAAUCACAGAAAUUCUUGAGAGCAGCAAGGAGUGGGUGUACAUCAAAGAAAAAUCAAAGCCAUCCUUCUUCCUGAUGCAUCUGUGCCGACUGAGGAUCCGCCAGCUGGUGGGAUGUCAGAGGCUGAGGAGAAUGACAAGCCUUCCUCUGCCUGGCCGACUCAUCAAGUACCUAUUCUACGACAACGGAGAAUCUGAGAAUCUUUGAUUGAGUGUUUAUGUGUGUGUCUCUUAACUUAAGCACUGACUGUCAGUCAAUAAUCUAACCAACAAAAGCUUGAUUAUCUACA